GUCUUUACCUUUAUCACCUUGAAAUUAACCAGAUCCUAUCAGUUAUUGGGAUUCCACCACAUUUAAUGUUUUUCUCCUUCACCAAGGGAUUUUUUUCUUAGGUUAUUAGUCUGUUUAGGUGAGUGUUGAUUUUAAAUGUAAUCCAAGAGAAACGGCACACAAGCCAACUAUCUGCCUGAAAGCUGCUCCUUCAUCUGUGAGUGUGUCUUCAGGGUGAUGUCAGCUUCCUGCCUUGUGCGCCUAGCGAGGUGCAGUGCUCUCUUCCAGAAGGCUUUUGAUCCGAUGCCCUUUAAGCUCACUAGCCACAAAACAGAUUACCCGUUCCUGUGCAGACAACUCUAUGGACCUUCUGGGAAGCGAUACAGCAACACACGCUUUGAUCCAGACAGCAGCGGCCGCCUAACAACUUGGGAUUCCUUUGGCAUUUGGGAUGAUCGUAUCGAUGAGCCCAUCAUGCUCCCCCCCAGCAUUCGUUAUGGCAAACCUAUUCCCAAAGUAAGCUUAUCUAAAGUAGGUAGUGCUUCCCUCAUUGGUCAGCGCAAGGAGAAUGAGGAUCGGUUCCAGGUCUCCCAAAUGACUGAGAACAUCCUGUAUUUUGCUGUGUUCGAUGGGCAUGGCGGCGCAGAAGCAGCAGACUUCUGUGAAAAAUACAUGGAGAAAUUUAUCAAAGACAUUGUGGCUGAGGAAGAUAAUCUGGAAUUAGUUUUAACCAAAGCAUUCCUUGAAGUUGAUAAAGCUUUUGCAAGGCACUUGCACUUCUGUCCAAAUGGACCGGGAAUCAAUGCAGGAACCACGGCCACCGUGGCCCUGCUGAGGGACGGCAUCGAGCUGGUGGUCGCCAGCGUUGGGGACAGUCGCGCCAUGCUGUGCCGUAAAGGCAAGGCUCUUAAACUCACUGAUGACCACACCCCUGAAAGAAAGGAUGAGAAGGAAAGGAUAAAGAAAAGUGGGGGGUUCAUCACCUGGAAUAGUCUGGGACAGCCGAAUGUGAAUGGCAGACUGGCGAUGACUCGCAGCAUCGGAGACUUCGAUCUGAAAAAGACGGGAGUCAUUGCUGAGCCAGAGACCAAAAGAGUAACGCUGCAUCAUGUCCACGACUCCUUUCUGGCUCUGACCACAGACGGCAUUAACUUCAUCAUGAACAGCCAGGAGAUCUGCAACGUCAUCAACCAGUGUCAUGACCCCAAAGAGGCAGCUCAGAGAAUAUCCGACCAGGCUCUUCAUUACGGCACUGAGGACAACAGCACCAUCAUCGUGGUGCCGUUUGGUGCCUGGGGAAAACACAAGAGUUCAGACGUCAGUUUCUCCUUCAGCAGGAGCUUCGUGUCCAGUGGCCGCUGGGCGUAGUCCGCAACCACCUGGAUUCAAGAGGUGCUUUCUGCAAGCUUGAUCGACGUGCAAUAUAAGCUGAACCCAGACAAUGAUACCUUAUAGGUUUGACAUGUUGUUUAGAGCAGCUUGAUGUGCAGCCUCUGUGAAGAACGGGGCUGUGGAUUCAUGAUGUAACUAGAUAAUUUCCCUUGUUAUAUAAGGUUUUAUACGACUUGUAAUGCUGCAACGUUGUGGUGCUGAAAACAGAGAAACCUUUGAAUGGCAGGCUGAAAGACUGAAUGACAUGAAAGCUUGGCCAAUGAGAAAUACCAAAUUAAAUGUUAAUUAAAACAACCUAAACAGGCUUCUUCUACAUUUAACCUUUGGUGCACAUCUCAAAUAUACUCCAAUAUACUCCGUUCUUCAUUAAAUCCUAGGUUGCGGCUGAAUUUGGCUGAUUCAAAUUUUCUUUUUCAGUGAGUAAAAAUAUUUGAAAAAAUACAUUUAAAAAGAAAAACAAUUUCACAGGCUCUUCGAAGAAGCUUGAAAGCUUUAGAUCAGACUAAAAAAAAUUAGGGAAUGUUUGUUUCCAUUGUGGCUCAAGCAUGUGUAAAAAACAAACAAACCGUGCAACAGAGACGGCAUUUGAUUUGGAUUUUAUGAACCAAAAAGCUUCCCGAUCCGCAGAAUUCAUCAAACAGUGAAAGUUUGGUUGUUUAUUUUGUUCAAAUUGAGUGUCUGAUUGCUGCAUGUUUACUCUAACUGCUUAUCGGUUCCAAUGGGCAGGGUUCUGGUUCCUGAUGAAAACUGUUUUUCUUGUACAGCACACCUAAUCAGUAGUUUAGUUUUUUUCUUAAAGGGUCCAAGUUAUUUAUCUCCUCUGUAACUCCUCCUGACCAAUCCAAUAUUGGCUGCAGAACUUUUCAUUUUCCUGUUCGCUGUAUUGAUAGAGAAGUCACCAAAGCACCUCUGAAAACAUCAUUUAGCACAAUCCCAGAGUUUUAGACAAGAAAUGGAAAGUUUUGUUUCAGUGUCACUACUGGGCCUUUUUUGAAAGUGCUCAUGGAUGUUUAGGUACAAAGAUGUAUACAGGAAUGUAUAGUGUCUGUAUGUAAAUAGUUAUAUUUAUAUAACCUCUGCAAAAUGUGUGUGUAUAUAAUGUAUAUGUGUGUGUAUAGGAAACUGACUGUGACAGAAUUAUUUUCAUGCUUCAUUUUUGUUUUCGCUGCGUUAUAUCCUGGUCUUUUGAGUUUGCAACCUGCACAACACUGGGGCAAACACUAGGUGUCAUUAUUACGUAUCGCUCCAUUAAUGUGAACCUUAAAGCAGACUUGAACCUCUUCAUGCAAGGACUAUUUGUGUCUUCUGGCACCCCUUGAAUGCUUUGCUUUUCAUUUUAUCUGAGUAACAGACAUAAGGUAUUGUAUUUUAGUAAAUUGUCUGUAAGUUUGAUCAUAGUGUUUUGAUGAGGCUGUGAUUUAAGCUUAAACGUAAUUUAUCUGUCACAUAGCCUGCAACCAGAGCUUUGGCUUUUCUUCAGUAGGUUACAUGUUUUAUUGAGUGAACUCAUCAUAAUUGAACCUAAAUGUGAUGUAUCAACAACACUGUUACUGUGAGUGGGUUUCUUUGUUUUACCCUUUUUUCAGAUUUUUGCUCUAAACUGCUCAUCAAUCAUGAAAUAAAGAAACCAAACCUAA